AUGAAGCUCUUCUAUAUCAAGGCAGCGCUGCUCAACACGAUGCUACUCUCCUUUGUGGAUGAUGGAACCAUCUUGGCACAAUCCAAACAACUUGAUGAUAAUAAUGUGGGCCUGCGUAAGGCCUACAAGAUUAUCUACCUUCUCUUUGUUGCCUUUGCACUCGUUCUUGAACACGACAAGACUGAGUUGUUCCACUUUUCGUGCUGUCGAGACACCUACAAUCCCUCGCUGGAUCUGGGGUAUGCCCCGCAUACCAGUGCUACGCCUUUGAAACCCAAGACCUAUUGGAGGUACUUGGGCUUCUACUUUGACCGUGGGCUCACCUUCCAUGAGCAUGUUCGCUACUAUGCCACUAAGGCAUUCACCACCAUGCAGGCUAUGCGCAUGCUCGGAAACUCUACAAGAGGUCUCUCGCCUAAACAGCUGCGCCUCCUUUAUAGGUCGUGUGUGGUUCCCAUUGCCAUGUACGGCUAUUGUCUCUGGUACUUCAACGGCGCCUGUAAUAAGGGCGCAAUGAACCAGCUAAAACAGAUGCAGCGGAAAGCUGCUCUAUGGAUCAUGGGUGCCUUCCGCACCUCUCUCACAGGCGGUCGUGAAGCCUUAGCAGGCCUCAUCCCCAUCCACCUUAUGCUGAAGAAGUUGGCCACAUGCACAGUGUAUCACGUUGCCACCCUCUCAGACACUCACCCUCUCCACUCUAUGAUGGGCGAGAGGCUCCUCAAGCAGGCUGAACCUCAUGCCCGCUCGGCCGCCUUGAUGACCCCAGCUAUGCGAGGGAAGGUCAAGAGCACCGUCAUGGAGGUGGACGAACGUGUCCACACCUUAACUGAGAGCUUUGAGCCCUUUGCGCCCAAAGCUCGCCCUGGUGAUUGGUUAUUGGACCGCUUUGCAGACCAGCUCCACUUUGAUGAGUGCGAUCCUACCCAGGAUAGGCGCCCAUAUCUUGACAAACUCAUCGCGAAAGCGAGGGCCGACCCUUUAACAGUACUGGCUGCAACUGAUCACUCCGUCCCUCAGUCCAACCAGUAUCAGGCAGCUUCGGCUGCUAUAAUCUAUAAGGGACAUCACAAGCUCGAGAGGACUCGCUAUGUCUCUGGCAGAGUUACCACCCCAGAUGCGGAACUCAAUGCCAUUGCGUGUGCAGUGCACCUUGCUGUCAAGCAGGCAAACUGCCAACAUAUCAUGGUCUUUACUGACUCUAUGGGCUUGGCCCACAGAGCGGUGGACCCUUCCGUACACUGGUCAGGCUUUUAG